CGCCUGUCAUACCACCAUGGCCGCGAACAGCAGCCUGCGUCGCAAAACUCUCGACGUUCCCGCCAGUCACUUUCCGCAUAUGAAUACGUCCUCGCACUCCACCCAGACGCCCGACCACUCGCCCGCCGACUCGAUGGCUGCGCAAUUGGCUCCCACGCUCCCCUCGGUCGCCGCCCUGCGGCAGGACGGCGCCCCGACGCUCAGGAGGAAGCAGUCGUCGCCCAUGAUGCCUCCUUUCAUGGUCUCUGCGCCCGGCAAGGUCAUUGUGUAUGGCGAACACGCAGUCGUGCACGGAAAGGCUGCCAUUGCGGCUGCCAUUUCGCUGCGCUCCUAUCUCCACGUCUCGUUCCUCUCCAAGUCACACCGAACCGUAAAGCUGCGCUUUCCCGACAUCCAGAUGGAACACACAUGGAAUCUCGACGAACUGCCGUGGGACGUCUUCUCCAAGCCGGGCAAGAAGAAGUACUACUACGACCUCGUGACAUCGUUGGACCCCGACCUCAUGGCCGCCAUACAGCCCUUCAUCGACCAGGUGUCGCCCAAAGCCAGCGAGUCGGUACGCAAGAUCCACCAUGCCUCGGCAUGCUCGUUCCUCUAUCUGUUUCUCUCGCUCGCCUCGCCCAAAACACCCCCAUGCGUCUACACGCUACGUUCGACCAUUCCAAUCGGCGCGGGAUUGGGCAGUAGCGCCAGUAUAUCCGUCUGUAUCAGUACAGCAUUACUCCUCCAGAUCCGCGCUCUGAGCGGGCCUCAUCAGGAUCAGCCCCCACAAGAGUGCGAGCUCAACAUCGAGCGCAUCAAUCGGUGGGCGUUUGUUGGCGAAAUGUGCAUACACGGGAACCCCUCAGGUGUCGACAACACAGUCUCGUCGGGCGGUAAAGCAGUUCUGUUCCAACGGAGAGAUUACGACAAGCCUCCACUCGUCGUGCCGCUUCACAACUUCCCCGAGCUCCCACUCCUCCUCGUAAACACGCGGCAAUCGCGGAGCACGGCUACCGAAGUCGCCAAGGUCGGCAACCUCCUCAAGGCACACCCCGCCCUCACAGGAAACAUACUCGAUGCCAUUGGCCUCGUCACAGACUCCGCACACAAGCUUAUUACAUCUCCCGACUUCGACGCCACAUCACCUGCAGCGCUCAAGCAUCUCGGUGAACUCGUAACGAUUAACCACGGCCUGCUUGUCUCGCUAGGCGUCUCGCACCCGAAGCUCGAACGAAUCCGAGAAAUCAUCGACCACACAGGUAUUGGCUGGACAAAACUCACGGGUGCAGGAGGCGGAGGCUGUGCUAUUACCAUUCUCAAACCGCAACCACCUGCGCUCACAAACGGCCACGGAAAUGGCACGCACACUGGUGGACCCACCGAAGACUCUGACGAGUCUUCUGAAGCGGACGCGGAUUGCAAUGCUUCUGUCAUCUCAACAGGCACCAAGAUGAAGUACAAGAUUCUCGACUCGCUUGAAGUCAAGCUGGAGAGCGAAGGGUUCGAGAAAUUUGAGACGACGCUUGCUGGCGAUGGUGUCGGCGUCCUUUGGCCUGCUGUGUUGCACAAUGGGAAUGAAGAAGAGGGUGGAGAGGAGAUUGACCAAGAGAAAUUCCUCAACGCCGAGGGCAAUGUUGGAAUCGAGAGACUUGUGGGGGUAAACAGCUCAAGACGAAAGGACUACAAGGAGGUUAGAGAAGGAUGGAAGUUCUGGAGGCCAUGGGAGGUUGCUGAGCGAUAGGUGCUCGCUCUUCCAACUUUACCUAAUAUUCUUAUUCGCCGGGCUAAUAUACUAGUAAUAUCGAUGCGGGUCUCGAUUUGCUUUCUCUUUGCAGGCCGGGCGCAUGGGGUUUGCAUCAAACUAACGCUUCCCAAAAAAGUACCAGAUGAGGGC